UUUCCAGCCACUGAUGUGACCUGCUCGCCCCGGGAAGUGCCAUGGGUGAUGGGCCGAAGUUGGAGCUUUGGCUUGAUUGCCGCACCGGCUCGGAUGGGCCAGCACCGUUAGCUUGCGAUCGGCGCUUGCUUUGCACGGGCACACUGCCCGGGCGUCGCGAUGUCAUCGUGGGCGUGGGCGGCAAGGUCUCGGACUGCGACGGCCGAGAGAUGGGUGUGGUCUUUGUGGGUUCCGCGGGCGAAGUGCACAAGCACGCCCUGGAGGUCAUGGGCCAGGUGGAAUGGGUGAUUCUACAGGCAGAUCAGCUCGUCCCAUCUGACGCACUGCUAGCAGCCAGCACAAGACAUGGCACACGCCUAGCGGUGGUACUUAGCGACGAGCAGCACCUCUUGGAUUUCGAGCCAGCGCUACCCAGGACAGGUGCCCUCAUCGUCACGGACGAGGAGAUGUUAAGCAAAGCCAUUGUCCAUCGGAUGGCUCUGAACAAAUCAGAGUCGCUGAUGUUGAAUACGGUCUGCGGCGGCAUUUUCCUCCCCGCCGCGGAGGAGCUCAAGCUGGUGACGGUUGAGUCGGUGGAGGUCAUCCAUGGUGAAGCUGACCGAGUCUACCUGGACAUGAUCAACAUGCUUCAAAGUGGCGAGGGCGCGCUGGUGGGUUCAACAGCCAAAGCGCUGUGUUUCAUCCACGCGGACGCGGGCGGACGGGCCUUCCGCAUCAACGCUGGGCCGGUCCAUGCCUACGUGGCGCUCCCAGACGGACGAACCAAAUAUCUCAGUGAUGUGGAGGCCGGGGAUCAGAUCCUCAUGGUGGACAUCGGGCGUGGUGGACAUGGAGCACCUGCCAGCCGCAGUGUGACGGUGGGGCGUUGCCAGGUGGAUCGCUGCCAAGUGGCACGGAUCCGUUUGUGCUUGGACGGUGAGCACAGCCAACUCUUCCUCGAAUGGACGGAUGCCGUCCACCUCCAUGGGCGCCAGGCAGGUGGUGGCCCGAGCGAACCCUUGCCGCUGACGCAACUUCGCGGGGGUUGAACCAGUAAAUCAUGUUGCUCACCUGAUGGCUGUGAAGUCAGAGAAGCAGCAAGGUGAUGAGAUCUUAUGCCAUUGGGCCAGCUCAAGCCCGGCGCGUGUGAACCAUGUGCACUCCAUGCCCUCUGAGAAGUAGAGCGUCACUGUGACUCGCGCUCAAGUAUAUACUGUACUUGCGCAUACACUUCCAGCUUGGGACACUGAUUUUCUUGCGAUUUCUCACCAUUCCGGCCGAGUGAUUCCAAGGGGCCCAGCUUCCAAGGGGCCGAUGGCCAGACCGCUUGGAGUUGUGAGACGUCGCGAACGCGAACCGUUCGCCUUCAUCGUUGGUUUCACACCAGCCGUGCCACAGAGCCGUGGUCAGUGGUUAUAGAGCCCUUUGACUGCGAAUCCAUAUGUUGACAACUGGU